GGAGAUAUAUAUCAUGUACUCAUGAAACGUUUAGCUGAUCUUCCACAAACCCUAAUAGGGCUACUAAUCUUUCUCUGCUGCAUGCCUUCCGUUCAUAGUACUACGUCCUUUAAUUCAGUUUGCACGCUCUUCUAAUUUGCAGUACUCGAUCUGGGGCUAGAGCUGGAGCCUUCUUUUGUUUUAUUCUCUGAUCUUUUCUCUCCCUUUUCGCUUUUGUAGCUAAUACUCAAAGUUUGAACUUGUUCCAGUUCAACCACUACUGGCCGCAGUACUGCAGGACGUACUAGUACUACUGAUUUAAUUUUUGGAGAAAGGAGGAUGGCACAUCACUAUUGCAUCAACCAAAGGGUGAAGAAAGGGCUAUGGUCACCAGAGGAGGAUGAGAAACUCAUCAAAUACAUUUCAGCCAAUGGCUAUGGUAGUUGGAACUCAGUGCCUAGACUUGCUGGCCUCCAGAGAUGCGGAAAGAGCUGCAGACUGAGAUGGGUAAAUUAUCUCAGACCAGACUUAAAACGUGGGAGCUUCUCUCCCCAAGAAGAAGCCCUAGUCAUUGAACUCCACAGAAAUCUUGGUAACAAGUGGUCUCGUAUAGCCAAGCACCUACCUGGAAGAACAGAUAACGAGGUGAAGAAUUUUUGGAACACAAGCAUAAAGAAGAAGCUCCGGUCCCAAGAUCAUGUCAUUCCUCGUGCUUUAGCAACAUUUUCUGUAACUGAGUAUCUUAGUGGUUCAGAGGAAGGUGUCUCACCUCAUGUUCUAAAUCCGAAUUUCAACUUGAACAGAAAAUCCCAACAAGAUCAGCUACACCAACCCCCUCCAAUCAGGAUACUACAAUCUUUAGAUCUUAGUGAUCCUAGAAUAUUAGAACAGAGCAGUUGUAGUUCUAGUUGGGUCCAUUUUCCACCUCUAAUCCCACCACUCCCAUACUCUUCUAGUAAAACUUGGUCACCGGGGCAUGAUCAUCAAACACACGAUCAACUUGAUCCCAAUCAACAAGAUCAAAACUUCAGCAUGAGAGCAUCAACUCCGCAAAGCCUUGUUAUCAACCCAAGAAUCACUGAACCGGAUUCUGAAAAUGCAAUAUUGGCACCCGAGAUGCCGGAACUCUAUGAGAUCAUCAUCGGUGGGAUUAAUGUUGGUAGCGAGCACAACUAGUCCUCCCGCAGAAAUACCCCCACCUGCUGCAAGUUAAGAUACCCUAAUGUUCUUCAUUCCGCCGGUUAUUUUGGUUCAGCUUGAUUUAUCACUUGCAUAAUUCAGGCAUUCAAAUGGAGUGCACCUACAUGCAUUAUAUAUACCAUCAUUGUAAUAAUCUUCAUCAGAAUUGCUGCCACUCUAUGAAACUGCCACUACUUUGUCCAAACAGACCGAAAAACCUGGACAGUUAUCGGGUAUUUGUAUCCGAUAAUUUGUGCGACUUAAUAAUUAGUGUAUCUCGGUCUGUAAAUUAUAUAUAUAAUGGAGAUAUAUGGUAGAACAGAUUAGCCUGGUUCAGUCUAUAUAUAUAUAUAUAUAUAUAUAUGUUGAGGAAGAACAACGAUACUAUAUAUAUAUAAC